AUGGCAGAUAUGCAUUUUAUGUAUGGUCGUGCUAAUGGAAGUGCUUUAGCUGCACGACGUCUUUACAUGGAAAAGUUUCCUAAUCGAAGAGUUCCCUCUCAUACGCUGUUUAAAAAUCUUCACCACCGUCUUUGUAAAUCAGACUCAUUUAAAACUCGCCAUCAAAACUCUGGCAGACCUAGAUCUGUAUCGACGCCCAAUACGGAGAAUCGCAUUUUAAGGAUUGUAGAAGAAAAUCCCGGAACCAGCGUAAGAAGAAUAUCCGAUGCCGUAGGAAUCAGUACUACUCUUAUUUGGAGAACGCUUCAUGAGCAGUUACUCUAUCCAUACCAUAUCCAACGAGUGCAAGCACUCACUCCGUCGGACUAUCAAGCAAGAAUGGAAUUUUCACAGUGGCUACUCGUUAAAUGUGCUUCGAAUCCGAAUUUUGUAUCUCGCAUUUUAUUUACCGAUGAAGCUUCAUUUAUACGAAAUGGAAUUACAAAUUUCCAGAAUGAUCACGUACGGGCAGAAGAGAAUCCUCACGCACUUAUUCAAACAAAUCACCAACACCGUUUUUCGUUAAACAUUUUGAUGGGCAUUAUUGGAGAUCACCUCAUUGGUCCUGUAAUACUCCCAAAUCGGCUUUCAGGUGCUGCUUAUCUCAAUUUCUUGGUUAAUACAUUACCUCAGUACUUGGACGAUAUGCCUUUGGCAGAAAGAUUAUCGAUGUGGUACAUGCAUGAUGGAGCUCCACCUCAUUUUGUGCGUAAUGUGAGAGAGCACUUAAACACGGUGUUCGGUCAAAGGUGGAUUGGAUGUGGUGGACCAGUUGCAUGGUCCCCUCGAUCUCCCGAUUUCAACCCUUUGGAUUUCUUUUUAUGGGGAUAUUUAAAAACCAAAGUGUAUUCUUCACCGAUAAAUGACUUAGAAGAAUUACGAAACCGAAUCCACAAUGCUUGUGAAAUCAUUCGACAGAGACAUAGAAUUUUCGAGAGAGUUCGCGAAUCUGUAAGAAGAAGAUGCCAAGCGUGUAUGGAAAUGGAAGGAGGACAUGUGGAACACCUUCUCUAA